AUGUCUAUGUCGACGCCCACAAGUGGUCUCGAAAAGGCGAUCGCCGAAUACACGAGGAGAUUUGGACAGCCAGCCAACUACAACCCUAACGAUGAUCUUCGACAGGCCAUUGAAGCUGCAAACAUCGACUUUCAAAAAUGGCGCCAAUCUCAUGAGAGUUUUUGGAAUGCUCUGGAGGCAUGUGUAGCUCCAAUUGUGUUGAUAGGAGGUUUCGCUCAGGAGGCAACUGGCGUAUUCGCGGCACCGGCUUCUAUUGCCCUUGGGGGAGCCAUCAGCUUGAUUCAGGUCACGUUUGCGUGUGAGAAGGUCAGUCAAACCUACGACUCUGUUGAAGACAUGUUCAAGAAGCUUGAAGAGUCACUGUCUCGUUGGGAAAGCUAUACCGACUCCCGGGCUGAGGUUCCGGAUCGUCUGGUCAAGUUGGCGCCUGUCGUUGCAAGUUUGAUCAUUGCCAUCAUUGCAAGGGCUCGAAUUCUCGUGGAGGAGGGCAAAAUGGGCAAGUUUCCCAGUCGCUACAUCCGUAACUUGGUAAAAGGAGGAGACAAGGAGACAUCCAAGCUUUUUCAAGAUCUAGACGACGUGAUCUUGUUUCAAGAUCAUGCUGUUGCCGACUCAACCUUUUCCCGUCUCAAUCAAUCCUGGGGAAAGAUUCUGGACGUCGAACGACGAUUGGAGGAGAUCCUCGAGCAUCAAAGGAAAGAAGAUGACCGCCUCCGACUGAAUUCUUUUCGUACAGAAUCCUACAAGCAAGUGCACGAAGCCUACCAGCGAAGAGUGACGGAAAUGGUCGAUUCGACUGGUUCAUGGAUGCAAGAUGAGCGAGUUUACCGAGACUGGUUGGCUCAUCAUCAGCCCUUACUUAUUAUCCUGGGAGGACCCGGAACCGGGAAGUCCUUUCUAGCGGCAUCAACCAUUAAGCUCAUAAAGGAAAAGGCGUCUGCUGAUGUGUCCGUCGCUUUCUUUUUCGUCAAAGGUCAAGACGAGAAGUCUCAGAAUAUCAAGGAAAUAUUGAAGACCGUGGCCUUCGAUCUACAGCAAUCGAAGCCGUCCUUUCGCAGCCAUCUUCUGGACGCAAUCGAUGAUGACGAUAGGUGGAACGCCGACCAAACAUGGACCAGUCUGUUUGAAGGCUUCUGGAAAAACGAUCUGCCCAAUGGUCGUCUUGUCCUUAUCAUUGACGGGCUGGACGAAGCCUCUGAAGAACAGCAAAGGAUUCUUGGUGACAUUCUGCGCCGCUCUUCUACCAGCACGGCGAUGCAAUUUGGCGUCUUUGGGCGCUUUACGCUUCGAACCACGCUUCGGCUUCAACAGAUUACCGCAUGCAUCGACAUUUCUGCCGCUCUGGUCCGAGAUGAAUUUGCCCAAUACGUCCAGCGUGAGAUGGAUUUGGCCGAAUGUGUCAAGUUCGCCUCGAAGGAAAAGCGAGACGGAUGGGUCGACAAAAUUAUCACCAAAACUCAAGGCAUCUUCGAAUCCGCACGUCAAGUGACAGUGAAUAUUCAGCCAAUGGAGGGUUAUGCGAUCGACUUAUUCCUGGAGAAACCACUGAACUCGUUGGAGAAGAUCACUGAAUGUUCACUUGACAUCAUACGGAAAGAACAGGCGCUCGAACCAGACGUGCUGCGAGCCCUUUUGACUUGGCUUGCAUACUCGCGGCGCCCAUUGAACCUCGGCGAAGUGUACGAAAUCCUUCGGGCACAGGAUGGACAUGAACACGAACUCCUUCUCAAAAAUCUGCGCUUCAAGCUUCGUCCUAUUGUUGAAUGCAUUAUGUUCAGCGUUGAUUCCUCCAAUAACGGCUCUGGCAAGAUCAGUGAGAAAACAGAAGAAAAGGCUCCUGAUCAAUGGACCGAGGCCGAACUGAUGCUGACCACGGUGAGUCUGAGCCACGAAGGCAUCCGGGAUUAUUUGAAGGGACAGACAGCGUCCGGUGCUGGCUACACACAUGAGCCCGAAUCAGCACAGGUCGCAAUCGUCAAGAGUUGCUUUCAGAUGUUGAAACAGACAAGGUCGAGUAAGCUGCAGGUUGAUACACCGCGAAGAUUCUUGUUUCCCAUGAUGUUUCUCAUAACGCAUCUGAAAGCACUGAAUCUGUCAAGUUUGGCUUCUGAGGACGUGCGAAAGAUCAAUGACGGUCUUGCGUGGCUUUUGUGGGAUGAUGCCGGAAAGGAAGCAUUUCUUACCGCUAUCGCAGUCCAUUGCACGGCAGUGUGCGAUACCUUGUUCUUCGACCAGGAUGUGACAACAACACUUCAAGAAUCCAUCUCCAUCUCCCCAACAACGAGCGUGCUGAGACGUGAUGAGAGUGCCGGGUUUGGAGUUAUAUCUUCUGCCUUACAGUCUUACUACAUGUCUGUGCUGGCAUUUUUGUCCUGGGUUUGGCUUCUCCCUCUACGAAUUUCUUUUCCAGGUAUCAAUGUUCAAGGAAUCUCUGACAAGCAACCACAGAGCAAGCCAGAGCGCUCUUCUCUUGGAAAGGACGAGUGGCUCCGCAAGGCACGACGCUCAAUGAUUCAUUUGUUCGAACCUCUUCGUUUGACUGCAGCACGGGGUUGGUUAUUGUCAGAUCCAAUUUCAACCUCGGGCGAUGAUGCUAGAAUUGCGGCCCAGAAACUUAUUAGCUGUGUCUGGACGCUGAUAGUACUCGGAGAUAUGGAUGAACAAGGGAAGUUCGACCCAGACUGUAAAGCCUCACUCUUGCACAACAAAUCAACCGAUGGACUUGAAUCACAUGAGAUUCAAGCGUUGGCUCGGCGGCAGCACCUGGAGCAAACGGCAGAUUGGUUUCUUAACCUUGGAUUCACGUUGCAGCGGUUUGGGCACUAUCAUGAAGCCGUGGAAGAAUAUCAAAAGGUAUUGAAAGAGGACGAACAUUGUUUUUGCGCAGUGUGGCGGUUGGCGCAAUGCUAUACAAAACUGGGUGACUAUAAUAAAACGCACCAAUGGACCGAGAAACUUCGCCAAAUCCGCCCGGGUUCAUCGCCGCACCUCGAGGACUUGUCCAUCAGGCUAAUGAGACUCAAGGGCGACGAUGAGGGUGUAGUCGAGCACCUGAGAAAGGCAUACUCGAAAGAUAACAGCAACGCGGAGAAGCUGCUCGACUAUCUUAGGUCACUCGACCGAUCUGGGAAUCACAUGCGAAUGAUCGAAGUUCUGCUCGAACUUGCCGGCCGCGAUGUACCGUCCAAGCCAUAUACUCGGCUCGCACAGUUACUCGGAAAUGUAGAGCUAGCAUGGUCCUGGGUUAGCAAGUCUUUUGCUUCUCAGAAAGGUACACCUGAUGUAGCUCUACUGCUUGACGCCAUAACGUCGAGUAGGAUCAAUAUCGAGCCCACAUAUCUUCAAAUUCCCUGGGAGAGAAGAUUCAACUGGUUCCAGUAUGCCCACGUCAACAAACAUUUGGAAGAUGCCAUUCAGAUACACGAAACCCUCCUCCAGAGAGCUGGUACGAUCGCAUCAAAGCACGCCAACGGAGAAGAAGACCAGUUUAUUUAUCAGAGUAGCUUGAUCGGCGAUCUGGCUCAACUUUACUUCGAGCAACUAACCAGGCCGGAAGGAAGUAGCUCUAACAUGUCGUCAGCCGCUGAAAGACUUGACAAACUUGCACAACAGUCCAGGUCCAUGGAAGACUUGCCUCUAAAUAAGUACCCGACUGGUACUUUAUUGUAUCCUUGGUUUCUUUACGGCCGCUAUCUACGUCAAACACACCCGGAUGACGAGUCCAAGUGGAAGCCAAUCUUUCGGCCAUACUUGACACGGUAUGUUCCUCUAUUGGAGACCACCACAGUGGCAGAUAUUGGACUGAAGAUCCUGUCCGUCACGAACAUGCUCUUUCAUGCUGGUGACGAUGAAAGAGCGGUUGCACUAUCCAUCUUACUCCUGAAAGCCCAUCAUCAAAGCUCACCAGAUCACGACAUCGGCAGGGCCAGCCAACCGGUAAGGUCAAGGUCACCAGCAAGGCUGAACGACGUCAUCCAAUGGCUCGCUCCAAGCAGGAAAUUCCUUUCAGCACCUAUGCCGUCCCCAUCAUCCCCCCCAGCGGCCGGACAACUUGAUCCAAACACGCGAUCACAUUCUAAAUCGCACACCUUCGACUCUCCCUUUUUGAAUUGUGGGGUGUGCUCACGAUUCGGCCGUGAAAUCGACGAGUAUUUCAUCUGCGUCAUCUGCUCCGAUGCCAGUUUCUGCGGCCGUUGCAAGGACCAAAGGCGAUAUUUGUACGGGGCAACUUGUCCCGAAAGCCAUGGGAAAGUCAGAAUAUGGCCGAUUGAUCCAACCCUCGAGGACGUAGCUGUGGAAGAGGGUGAAGAUGGUCGUCUAAGACUGAGGCAAACAUGGCUUACCGAUCUGAAGGCAGAAUGGGAGAUCUGA